AUGGCCGACCAGCUGCUCGACCGAGUUCGCGACUUCGCCGAAGGGCAGAUUGACUUCGAGGGCCAGAGACUCUGCGAUACCCUGGCAACUGUCCUUCUCUGCGCUGUCGGUGCCAUCACCUUUGUUGUCGGCUACGUCCUGCAGGAUAUUAAGCUUGCAGUCUACAUUGCGCUUGGUGGCACCGUCCUGUCAUUCGUCGCCAUCAUUCCGCCUUGGCCCUUCUUCAACAAGCACCCCGUCAAGUGGCUUCCGGUCGGCGGAGGCGGAAGCAGCAACAACCAGAACAUAAGCAUACCGCAGUCCAUCGUUGUCGAUGAGAAGGCACUUCGUUGA